AUGGCAAAUUCUAAUACUACCCGAAAUGACCCAAAUUGGUCACACCCUCCAGGUCCUACAAACAUCUCCAAUGACGUCGCCUUACCUGACCAUAGUUACUCAAACACAAACCAAAUGCCAUCUUCACCCUGGAGAGGCGGAGAGCAUCACUACUUUGGACUCCACGACACAUUCUGCUUCCUCUGUAACGCUCCAUCAACAUCCCCACUCUUGAACUGUCAAACUUGUGAAAAUGCCUACCAUGCCACUUGUACUCUCCCAGAAGAAUCUACAAUCCCGGAUAUCUGGUUCUGUGACCAUUGUGUGGGCUAUGGAUGGAGUGAGCCGCCAAUCGAAAGUCCGGAUCCAUAUCCUACACCGAGAACGAACUCUUUUCAUCCAGUUGCGGGAGAUGAUCGUACGGUUGCAGAUGUAAAUACUACGAGGAAAGAGAACAAUCCUGAAAUUCUUUCGCCGGAAAAGGAAGCUCGAGCUGUACCUCAACCAGAAGCACCCCAUCCACCAAAACCCAAAAAGCACUCCCGACCCCAUUCUCCCGGUCCCCAACCUCAUCGAAAACGCAAGUCGAAGUACUCACCCUACACACCCGAAAUCGAAAAAGCUCUUUCCGUCAUCACCGCCGAGUUAGAAAAGACCUCGAGAACUUCUACCUCUACACUCACACUCGAGAAUACUAUACAAACUCUCGAACAGCGGCUUAGAAUGCGCGAUCAGGAAAUUGUGCUGUUGAAGCGGGAGAGAGACGGGUUGAGGAAGGAGGUAGAGAAGGAGAAAGAAGAGGUGAAGAGGGUUGAGGGUGUGUUGGAUGAUGUGAGGAGGGAUAGAGUAGCGGAAAUUAGGAAGAGGAUGGGUGUGGAGGAGGAGAGGAAUGAUUUGAAAAGCAAGGUGGAAAGUUUGGAGAAGGAGGGAAGGGAGUGGAGGGGACGGCUGAGGGAGUUGGUUGGAGGAGAGGUGGGGGUGUGA